AUGCAAAUCUUCGUCAAGACCCUCACCGGCAAGACCAUCACCCUCGAGGUCGAGUCUUCCGAUACCAUCGACAAUGUCAAGUCCAAGAUCCAGGACAAGGAGGGCAUUCCUCCUGACCAGCAGCGUCUGAUUUUCGCUGGCAAGCAACUCGAGGAUGGCCGAACUCUGUCCGACUACAACAUCCAGAAGGAGUCUACCCUCCACCUGGUUCUCCGCCUUCGUGGUGGUAUGCAGAUCUUCGUCAAGACCCUCACUGGAAAGACCAUCACUCUCGAGGUCGAGUCAUCUGAUACCAUCGACAACGUCAAGUCCAAGAUCCAGGACAAGGAGGGUAUCCCUCCUGACCAGCAGCGCUUGAUCUUCGCCGGCAAGCAGCUUGAGGAUGGCCGAACCCUCUCCGACUACAACAUCCAGAAGGAGUCCACUCUUCACCUUGUCCUUCGUCUCCGUGGUGGUAUGCAGAUCUUCGUCAAGACGUUGACCGGCAAGACCAUCACAUUGGAGGUUGAGUCAUCAGACACCAUCGACAAUGUCAAGUCAAAGAUUCAGGAUAAGGAGGGUAUUCCUCCGGAUCAGCAGCGUCUUAUCUUUGCUGGCAAGCAGCUUGAGGACGGUCGCACCUUGAGCGACUACAACAUUCAGAAGGAGAGCACACUUCACCUUGUCCUCCGUCUUCGCGGUGGUAUGCAGAUUUUCGUCAAGACCCUGACCGGCAAGACAAUCACCCUCGAGGUGGAAUCUUCCGACACUAUUGACAACGUCAAGUCCAAGAUUCAGGACAAGGAGGGCAUUCCUCCUGACCAGCAGCGCUUGAUCUUUGCUGGUAAGCAGCUGGAAGACGGUCGCACCUUGAGCGACUACAACAUCCAGAAGGAGAGCACGCUGCACUUGGUGCUGCGUCUUCGUGGUGGCCAGUGGCGCAUCGUACUCGAACAGCCUUAUGGGGGUGCCGAAAACGGCGGCUUGGAGAUGACUUCGUUUUUUUUCCACAUCAAAUUCGAGCUUUAUCCGACCGAAAACCCUGCUGCCGGACAAGACACAUUUGCGGCGCAGAACAGCCGAGAUAUUUGGUUUCCGUCCAACGAAUCCAGCAUUUUUGACGACCUUCCGGCCCAUCCCCCACCUCAUCGAUCGGCGGCGCGCAAUACAGACCUACCAGAUAGAAGUAGACGGAUAUCUUUUGGAGCUCUGGCUACGCUGGACCGCAGAGCUGGGCUUGGCGCAAACUCGAAAUCUGGAGUUAUAGAUUGCGGGACCCCGCGGCCACCCACAGAAACCGGUGGAGGAGAAAUCGAAGGCCUGCCAGAGCGACAGUUGUUGGGACGAGCGAAUAGCUAUCCUCUACCGCCGUCAACAGCCGCCUUGCAACCGCAGACUGCGAUCCGGGACUGGAGAUUUGGGCGUAUCAAUAUCGAAACGUUGGACCCCGGCUUAUACAAAAGCAACAGCAACAACAACAUGGCUGGAGAGGGCAAGGCGGCGGCUACUGCUGUCGCUGGACCAUCCGCCGCACCAGAUCUUGGCCCACCGUUUAGCGGCUCAGGAACGGCGACAAAGGCAGAGUUUGUUGAGCUCGAGGGCAAGAAUACAGAAGUUGGAUGGGGCAUCGUGCAUUUCUACAGGGAGAGCGACGAGACUGCCGGGCUUGCCUCCACCCACGAGGUGGCAGAAGAAACUGAAGACAUGCAAGACUGCACCACGCUCUGCAUCCCUGCCGUCCCGGCCUACAUGACGCCCGGAGAUUUCUUGGGCUUCUUGGGAGAACGCUGGCAGAACGACAUUAGUCACUGCCGAAUGGUCAUGACCUCGCGGAUGAACCGAUACCUGGUCCUGCUCAAGUUUCGCGAUAGCAAACAGGCGAAACUGUGGAGGCGAGAGUAUAAUGGCAAGAUAUUCAACUCUAUGGGGUCACAGUCCCAAGCCUGCCACGUGGUCUUCGUCAAGAGCAUCACGUUCGAACGACCAAGCCCAUCUCGGGGGCACGAAUAUUCUCUUUCGUCGUCUUCGUCGGCCAUCUCGAAUAGCCUGAAGCCUUUCCCACCUCCGACCCCGAGCCUUGUAGAGCUGCCCACAUGCCCAGUCUGCCUAGAAAGAAUGGACGAGACGAAUGGGUUGAUGACUGUGCCGUGCUCUCACGUCUUCCACUGCACGUGCUUACAGCGCUGGAAAGGAGCCGGCUGCCCGGUCUGCCGGUUCACGAACCCUUCCGAAGAGAGAGAUCCGUCAAAUCCUUACAGCCAACCAUUUGGAGGGUCGGCCUCGAAUCUGUGCAGCGUCUGUGAUUGCGCUGACGAUCUCUGGAUUUGCCUCAUAUGUGGGUACCUGGGGUGUGGUCGAUAUAAAGGAGGACAUGCCAAGGAUCACUGGAAAGACACGGCGCACUGCUUUGCUUUGGAGCUGGAAACACAACACGUGUGGGAUUAUGCGGGUGACAUGUGGGUGCAUCGUCUCAUUCGCGAUAAAGGCGAUGGCAAGGUCGUCGAGCUUCCUGGAAGAAGUAACUACACCGCUAAUGGCGAAGGCGCGGAUGACGACAUGGUGCCGCGGGCAAAACUGGAAACGAUUGGCCUCGAGUACACUCAUUUGCUAGGAAGUCAGCUGGAGUCCCAGAGGGCCUACUACGAAGAAAUGAUCAGCAAGAGUGCUAAAAAGGCUUCGAAAUCCUCGGCUGAAUAUGAAAAGGUAGCAACAGAGAGGUUGGAAGCUCGGCAACAACUUGCUACUCUGCAAGGCGAAUAUGCAGUCUUGAACGGGGAGACGCUCCCACAGCUAGAGCGCGAUCUAGAACGGGAGAGGAACAAGGCGAAGAAGGGGGAGAACCUCGCCAGGAGUCUUGGCCAGUCACUACAAGAGGAAAAACGACUCAAUGAUGGUCUGAUGAAGCGCAUUCAGCAUCUGGACACUGAUGUCGAGGCGAUACGCAAGCAGCUGGAGGAGCUCAGGGCAGAAAAUGCAGAGCUGAAGGAAAUGAAUCGAGACUUGACCAUGUUCAUCUCUGGGCAGCAGAAGCUCAAAGAGUUGGAAGACGAGGGGCAAAUCGAGGAGGGCGAGCUCGAGGGGGGGACUAUGAGCGUUCCCGAAGGCAAGAAGAAGAAGGCAAACAACAAAAAGAAGGGGAAGCGGUGA